AAAAAAAAAAAAUUUAAUUAAUUUAAUUGAAACAUGUCACAACCAUCUUCACCAAUUUCACCAACGAAACCAAAACGUCGCAAUUCGUUAAAGGAACAAUGGGAUACAACAACAAAAGUUGUUAACGUUAAACAAAAAUUUCAUUCAUACGUAGUAGAUAAAUAUACGGAAUUACAAAAAGCAACAUUCACGAAAUGGGUUAAUAUACAGUUACGUAUGAUUGAUAUUAAUCAAUUAAAUUCUAACAAAAAAAUUCCAGAAAUUAAAUCAAUUGAUAAAGAUUUCCGAGAUGGAAAAAAAUUAAUUCAAUUACUUGAAAUACUUUAUCCAAAUGACCCAGAAUUACCAAAAAUUGAACGUGGUAAAACGAGACAUCAUCAUAUUGCAAACGUUAAUAACGUGUUGGAAUUUUUAAAAAAACGAUUGGAUGAAAAAAGUUUAAUUGCAUUAGAAGCUAUAGGAGCAGUAGAUAUUGUUGAUGGAAACGUUAAAUUAACUUUAGGUUUAAUUUGGUUAACAACUUCAAAAUUUUUAAAUAUGUUUAGCGUACAAUUUGAAGUUACUGAAGAAGAAUUAGAACAGGUUGAAGAAAGAUUUAAAGAAAGUAUUAAAUAUAAGAAAGAAAAUAAUAAUAAAUAUAAUGAUAUUCAAAAAUUUUUGUUUCAUAAUGAUGAUGAUCUUUCUUUUGAACAAUUUCAACAACAAUUUAGGUCACAUUUUGUUGAGGAGGAAUUAUUAGAUGUUCCUAAUACCAUUAUUGAGGAGGAAGUAGAUAUUGAAACUUUAUUACAUGAUGAUCAUUCAGAGCAGAAAACAUUUACAGAAGAUAAUUUAGAAAAUUCUUCCACUUCCUCACAAAACAACAAAACAUCUCAACCCCUCCCUUCUCAAAUUAAAGUAACAAUUCCUUCACUUCCCACUCCAAUGGCAAAUAAGCGUUUGCAAGAUUUAUCAAAAUCCGAAAAACGAUUGUCAUUACCAAUAUUUCAAACUAACAAUAAUAAUAAUUUAACCAUAAAUCCUACCAAAAUUUCAUCAUCUAAUUCAAAACCAUUUAGAACUUUACGUUUAAAUUCUUCACCAAUAAAUUCAAAUACUUCUAAUUUAUUGUUUUGGAUUAAUAUGCAAUUAAUUAAUUAUUCAUCAUUAUUACCUUCAUCAAAUUAUCCUCUAGAAGAUUUUAUAGGAUUGAACGAUGGCAUUGUAUUGUCAGCCUUAAUUCAAUAUUUGAAUAUUGAAUGGAAAAUGGAUGAUUUAAAUUUAUUAGAUCCCGAUGAUAUUAAGAACGACAAAGAUGAAUUUUGUGAAGAAAUAAAAACAAAAGAAAGAUUAUCAAAAUGUUUUGAUAUAAUCGAAAAAAAAUUAAAUGUACGACAGCCAAAAGCAUUAAUCUCGAUGUUAAUUGAAAAAGAUUACAAUGAUAAAGAAAGAUUAAAAAGAACUGGGCUGGCUUGGAGUGUUUAUAUAAGUGAAAUAUUUUUGGCCAUAACUAAGUCUAAAAAUCAACGAAAAGAAAUGAAAAGACAAAAUAGAUUAUCAAUGCUGAAUAAUAUAGAAGAAAAUAAAGAGGAAGAAGAAAAAAAAGGAAAGUCCAAAGAGCAUGUUGUUAGGAUUAUUGAUUAUGAUGCUAUACAUUAUCAAUCUCCAAGUAAUGAUAGACAUAAAAAACACAAGAAGUCAAGAGGAUGUCUUCCAUUUUAUACAUCAAAUGAUGAAGAUUCAUUCUGGACACCUUCUGCAGCCUCAUUAAUUGUAAUGAUAUGGGAAUGGACCUUACAUUGGUUAUUAACUGAUGAUGAUGAUGAUGAUGAUGAUGAUGAUGACAGCGAUACGGAUUUGUUUUUUGAAGUAUAGAUUAUAACGUAAUUUUUAUCUUCAAUAGUGUUUUUUCUUUAUUUAUCUAUUUGUAUUAAUUUGUAUUAUAUAUAUAUAUAUGAAUAUAUUAAUUUUAAGUUUCUAUAUUAUUUAUUAAUUUUAUAAUAGCAAU